AUGUCGAGCUCUUUCGAUGGAAUAUACGAGCCUGGCGUCGUCGACCCUGGCCUGCCUGUGCACAACCCCACGAAGCCCUUCUGGCAGUCCUCGCCUUACCAAUUUGCAAACUAUAGGUCUCCAUGGCCAGAGGCUCCAGUAGACGUUGCCAUAAUCGGAUCAGGCAUGACAGGGUCCAACCUCGCUCGUUCGCUACUGAAACUGCGACCUGGUCUACGAGUGGUCCUUCUAGAAGCCCGAACCCUCUGUUCCGGAGCAACAGGCCGCAAUGGAGGACAUAUAAAGACCAUGACAUAUGCCGACUGGGGCAAUCGCAAACGCGACCUGGGGGUGGAUGAAGCCAUCCGAGUCACCAAGUUCGAGCACAGCCAUCUCCAAGCGAUGAGCGACGCGAUCCGAGACGGCAAGAUUGACUGCGAUCUUGCCAUGACAGACGGCCUGGAUGUGUACUACGAUGAAAAGACCUUCGCAAAGGCUGUGGCUGGCCUUGAAGACAUGCGAACGUACAUUCCUGAAGUCGCCGAUAAAUACAAAAUCUGCACCGAUUUGAACCGUCUCCGAGCGGAAAUGAAGCUGUCCGACCGUUGCAUUGGUGCCAUCAUCGUCCCAUCUGCCUCGCUGUGGCCGUAUAAGAUGGUGCUGGGUCUUCUCGAACCGAUCAUCAAGGAUGGCUCGCUCAACGUCCAAACGAACACAACGGUUCUUAGAAUCGAGGAUGGACCGUCUCGCUCAAGCGCCACAAUCCACACCAGCCAAGGAGUGAUAGAAGCGCGGAAUGUGGUGCACGCCACGAAUGGCUGGUUAGGGCAUCUCAUCCACGAGCUGCGUCCAUAUGUCUCGCCAGUCCGCGGAAACGUCGUCCACUACGAUGCCACCAGCAAUGCAUCCCCAUUUGGCCUGAACAGUCGGUACUCCCUGUGGAUGCGCUACGCAGCUAAGGACUACGACUAUCUCAUCCAGCGAUCCGGCGGUGACAUCGUCGUAGGGCGUGCCAACACUGGACGCAGGGCGACAGGCGACGACAGCAAGACCGACCUAGGUCCUAUGGCACAUCUACGGGGAAUGGCAGACGAAGUGGCAGCGAGUCCAGUCAAGGGAGCAGCAGCGCAUAUCUCGCACGCCUGGUCUGGUAUUCUCGCGUUCACCCAAGACACGUCCCCCUUCGUGGGCCGGCUGCCCUUUCCCCAGCGACAGCACCAGUGGGUGUGCGGAGCGUAUCAUGGAGUCGGGAUGACCAAGGCGUUUCGCACGGCGGAGAUGAUGGCGUAUUUGAUUUUGGAUAUUCCUUUACGUGACGGGUACCCUCGCUCGAUGUUUCUGACGGACAAGAGGGUGGCAGACCUGGAGAAGUCGCUGGACCAGGGUCUUCCCAUCAAAGCAGGCCUGUAG